UCUCCUUUUAAUCUUGGUCCGCCAAAGUCAGCUGAGGAUGUAUGCGGAAAAAUGGUUCACAAGAUCACAGCUCAGUAUUCGUCCUUCAAAAAGCUAAAUCUCCUGGUUGGAGAUAGUAUUUAUUUUGCUCCAGACAACUUUACAUUGGACGACUGGUGUGGAGAAACAAAGACAAAAUGCAUUAACUGUAAUGGUGAACAUGAAAAUGCUUACUGCUCCAAAAGAUACGUUUCUUCUAAAUUAGCCACAUCGCUGGCGACCCUCGUGGAAUUUAUCCGUGUUGAGUUUCCCACACGAAAGUUGAUCGUAGAAGAAAGUUUUCAGGAGGUAAGCUCAAGGUAUCCAUUGGGUAAAUAUGGUGAAAGUUCCCUAUUCUACGAAGGAAGAGCCGCUGUGCUUUCUAUUUCACAACCAAUCAAACCUGAUGUUGUUAAAGAGUCCGAUGUAAACAUUCUCCAAAAGGUGUCCCAACAAGCUGUUUGUUCCGGCUUUGAAUACGUCAACUUUUUAAAUAGUACGGGGAAAGUAGAAGUGGCCGUUACUCAUGACGAUAGUCCUCGAAACUUAAAUCAGGAAGAGGAAAAAGAAUCAUUCGAUGAAAGCAUUGGUGUAAAAGCAUUACAAAUAAACCCACAGUCUUGCGCAACAAAUCGUCCAUCGACUCUUGGCAUUGGGCAAACUUACCCCUCACAGACAUCGGAAAGAAGAGUUUGUGGCGAUCCAUUUUCCAGGGUUUCCAGAUUUUAUAAUACAAAUUAUGAUAGACUUUAUCAGUACACAUUUGACGAUAUUAAAUUUGACCCUGAGGAUCCAACCUCAAUGUGGUGUGGAAGCCCACUUAGACCUUGUUCAAACUGCAGUUCAAUAUCAACAAAGGACUCGUGGAACAUAUGCUCUAACAGACUUAUGACACCAAGAACUGCUUUACGGCUUCGAAGGCUUGCAGUAUUGGUUCGGCAUCAUUCGUCAAACAUCAGAGUUCUUAAAGCUUUUGAAGAGGAAAAUGAGAAAAACAGAGAUUCCAUGGUAAAAUCCUCCUUAUUCAGAGAGGGGAGGGCUUUAAUGAUAACAUUGGAAGAACCAUCUUUUAUAACAUAUUCCAAAUUAGCUGGUUUAGCAAUAUGCGCUGGUUUUGAUUUCGUUUCCCAUAUGAAUGAUACUUUUUUGGAGCUUUUUGUGAAACCUCAAGAACAAUUUAUUUCUCAUAUUAUAAUGUAUCCGAGCGGUUUAACCUUGACUGGUGUCAGCAAUCGGAAUACAGAUUUUGAACGGGAAUAUCUUCUGCCCUCUCUUUUCGUUAAUGAAACAAGAAUACCCCUUUUAAUUGAUGGUCAGAAUGAAAAUACACAACUCUCAUCGCGAUAUACAAUAUCUGAUUUUAAGUGCCCCGGUUACAGGUUUAUACGAAUUGAUCCUUCUCUUAUAGAAUGCUUAGAACUAGCUUCAGAUGAAUUCGGUGAAAAAAUAGAAGUGCUAUCAGGGUAUAGAACACGAUCAGUGAAUUUAGAAAAUAUUGAUAUGAGGCCCAUUAAAGAACGGUUUCGUUUCCAUGUUGGGCAAAGUGUAGAAAUCGCAUCCAAAAAGGGAACUGAGAUAGAUCUUAUAAAAAUUGGGAUUGCUAUAAUGAGAAUGUGUCCCCCUAUUUCAAGACCCCAGCAAAGAGCAAUAGGUAUAGGGUGCCAUAAAGACAGGCUUUAUUUAGACUUUCAUCCAAUGAAAUUUGGGAACGAAGAACUCUACAUAGAUUUGUGGAAUAAUGGUGGAAAAUCAAUUUAUUUGAAUUUGCUGCCACGUGUAAACACUGCAUUAAAAGGAGGUCCUAUCAUAGUUCCUAUGAACAAAAGUAGAUCAUGUCAAAAUCGAGUUGGCCAAGAGCUUUCCUACCUAGUUUUCCAGCUUGGUCAAAAAGAACAAUGCAAAAAUACUGCAGAAAGAGAAUUCUGUUCGAAAACUUUCCGAUACAGGAAAGAACAGGCUGAUCUACUCCAAGAACGGUUGUCAUCUGCAGCAGGGUCUCAAAACUUGCCUAGAUCAGAAAUAAUUUCAGAAAUAAAUGCAUGCAUUGUCGACACUUGUGGAGGAUGUUUGGAUUCUGGUUCUACUUGGGACAAGAAAGUCCAAAGAUGUUCUGUCAUGGUUAAUAAAUAUAUCAAAAGAGCCUCCAGACCAUUUCAAAGUCUUCACAACAGAGCAACAUUUUUUAAUACUGGAAACCACGAAUCAACAGUUCAUUCAUUAGCCUGUCAUUUUGGAUUUGUAUGCGUUGAAAACAUACAGAUUUAUUCCCUUUUGAUGCCGCUUUUAACUGCUACAUUUCGACCCGACCCUUCACGAAGUGUAGAGGAAAGACUUUUUACUCCUGAAGAUAAUCCAUCGCCCCUGUUGGAAAUCAUCUCACGGGAAAUGGCAAUAAGGGCCAGCGGGGUUGUUCGGGUAUUUCUAGAUUCUUCGAAAGAUUUGUCCAAUCUUCGACAUGUCCUAAAGGUUCUUUUGGUUCACAACACCAAUAUUCAAGAGGUACAGUUUCAUAUAACAGAAAAUCUCAAAAAAGAAACUAUAAAAGCUGCCCUUCAGAGAAAAAUUGAGACCUGGUCCGGUAACACGUGUAAUACUUGGUCGAGAUUUGCAGUCGCUGCGUACAGCAUACAGAUUAUUCCAAAUCAUCGCCAUAAGAGAAGCGCCUUUAGGAGUGCAGCACGUAACCAUGCAAGACAUAUCUUGCGUAAUUGGGAAUACGAUUGGUUGUCCAAAAUAUAAUGAAUCUAACAUUCUUUCCAUUUAAUUCAAUGUAGUCAUAAAAUUAUUGUGCUGUAA